ACGGCGAUGGCGUGCAGAGUAAUGGCGUCGUCUACAUAAACGGGAUGGAUGACCCAGAUACAGAUAUGAAGCUAGAAUUAGGGGGGGAGGUGGAAGGGAUUAUACGGUAUCAUGACCCACUUCUGGUGCCCACUCCGGUUCUUCUUGCCAGAAGAGAAGUACCCACUAGGUACCCACAGGCUACCAUCAAUCAACUACAUCGUGUGACAGAGGAGACAUUGGUGUAUCGCCAGCACAACCAGUUGUCAUGUCAGCUCCCGGGGGCACCCAAGUCUACAUUCUUGAUGGUUUUUAGUCCAGACGGAUCAAAAGUUGCAUCAACUCAUGGAGACCAUAACAUUUAUGUGACAGAAGUAAAGACUGGACAUUGUAUAUGCACCCUGGGAGGUCACCCCAGAACUCCCUGGUGUGUGGCCUUCCACCCUGCAUCUAAUGAGAUAAUUGCUUCUGGAUGCCUUGGUGGUGAAGUCAGGGUGUGGGACCUGAAGGGCGGCAGUGAAGUGUGGACGACAGAGAAGAACACGGUCAUCGCCUCCUUAGCCUUUCACCCGACAGACCAAGUCCUUGUCAUAGCAACAUUCAAUGAAAUUUACUUCUGGGACUGGUACCAACCUGAGCCAUUUGCUAAAAUAUGUACAUCGGAUGAAAAAGAAAAAGUGAGGUAUGUGAAGUUUGACCCUCUUGGACACAAGCUGAUAACGGGCAUUGCCAACUCUCAUCAUGACCGCCCAACUCAAGGUUCCUGUAGGCUCGGUGGGUCGACUGGUGGACCGUUCCUUUCGCGCUCAGAGUUGAUGGAGCGGGAGCAGCAACUGAACCACCGUUAUAAUCAGUUAUCAAACCAGUACCUCAACCUUAUGUCAAGAUAUGAAGCUCUUACCAGUAGAGCUUUCAGUAAUGUGACUCGUGCAGCUAGUAGGAUUGACAGAGGUACAGAUCCCAUAGAGCCACCACCAGCAACUCUGGGACAACAAGCUCUACUAAACCAAGCUCGUCAGUUUGCUCGGCAAGUGACUGAAGAAAGAAGAGGAAACACUCAGAAUCAGGAAUCAUCUAAUGGUGAGAACUCAAGAGGGCGGUCAUCUUGGGCUCCAGAUGGUCAGUUAGGUCGUGACACUCAAGCUUCCAAUGAAUUGAAUCUAAGACUGGAGGAGGAUUAUGGCUUGAGUGCUGUUCGGACUCUACGGCAAAUUAUUAGUGAUGAUAGUGCCUCUUCCUCCAGCCUAGAUUCUAGUUCCUCAGCCACUAGUGGAACAAGUGGUGUAUCUGAGAGAAAUACUCGCCUUUCAUUAUUGUGGACAUCAAGGCUGCAUCGGCCUGGUCAGGAUUCCGACAGUGCUGGAGAGGCGUCUAGUGUUCAUAGUUUAGGGGACUCGGGUGCUCAGAGUGGACCCGGGGAUCACAGGGCACCAAUGGGGGGUGAAGAAGGGGUGUCUGGAACGCGGAGAAGUGAAAGUAGUGUUACUGAAAGAAGAAAUUAUCGAGGGACAGAUGAUAGGGCUAGUGACGAUGAAGAUACCUUGAGUCAAGGAACGCCUAAUUUGCGAUCAACAGGGUCUCAGUCAGAACGUGCAGGAAUACACGUUGAUUACUUCCCAUGUGGCACAUCAGUGAUUCACUUUGGACGCUGUCGAUUACAGCGAGAAAAUAGGAGUGAGACCGGUUUAGGUCGUAGUCAGAGUAGUGAGGUGGAUGGUGUGAGUGGUGAUGGUGGUGUUAGACCUGAUGGUACCCAGGAUAACAGUGGUCCGGGUAGUGGAGGAAGUAGUGAAGUACAUUCUAGUGGCCUAGACGUGACCUCCCAGGGAAACACAGUAAGAGACUCACAAUUAAGGGAGACAGACACAAGAAGAAGUGAGAGCCCGAGUGAGCCCCAGAACAACCAAAGAGACCUUCCACCUUUGCCUCGCAUUCCUCCAAUAUCACCCAUGCCACUGACUCCUCCCAGUGACCCCAACGAGGACCUUGCCAUUCCUGGACCUUCUGGACUGUCGGGAAUGUCUUCCCCCUUGUCACCUUCACUGUAUCCCACAUCCUCUACGCUGGAUCCUCAGUUUGGGGUCCAGCUCCUCAGUCGACACAUUGAAAAUAUGCAGAGAAUAUGCGUAGCACACUUGGAAAUUACUCGGCACACACACGAGAUUCUGCGGUUGCAACAGAUCCGCUCCAUGUUGUAUGACAUUCAGCACCAGAUCCAUUCCUUACGCAUGUCUGUGGACCAGUCAAUGGAGGAUCUCAGUGGACCUACACCAGAAAUUAGUAACCCAACCAGUCACAGGAAUGGAGACACUGGAGAAGAUGAUCCUCAGGUGCCACCCCCUCGCCUUGGACCUGGUGUCAACCCUCCAUCCUUGCGUCUAAUGCGGCACUGGUCUCGUACUAGCCCCAGAUGUGUGGCCCGACUACAGCGGGGGCCGUUUGGCACAAGGACACGAUCGCGACACUCACAUAGGUCAUGGAUGAUGUCGCCCAGUGUCUUUCGUCGAAUUCCUCGGCGUCGCUCUAUACACACGCGUCUCCACCUUCCAGUUCUACCUACGCCCUUGCAUGGGACAAACAGUUCUUCGGGAGGAGCAGAAGGGGGGAGAUUAUCUCCUACAAGAAGUUUAGCAGAACCAGCCACUCCUGCCUCUACUACUGGGACUGGAGCUGUGAUUGGUCCUCUCCCAACACCUCCACCUGAUCAGGGACACUCAGAGGAACAACCACGAGAUAUAAUACGAAUUGUGUCGGGGAAUCAGUAUGGCACACAACAUCGAACGAUGUUACGUCACUCCUUUGAACGACUUCAGGAGCGUUUACGGGAGAGACAGGAAGCGCUGGAGCAGCAGGAGCGACGUCUGCGCGGCUUUCUCAACGUAUCAUCACCCACUUCCAGCACCUCAUCCGUUACCUCGUCUGCUUCUUUAGAUCGGGAGGAAGAUCCACUUAGUCCAUUAGGCAAAUAUUACAACGGAUGGCUGACCGCCUUAACAGCCUGGUCAACCAAGAGCAGGAACACCAACACUUGCAUCAACAGAGACGACUGGAACAACAAGCAGCAGACACCCCAGAGACUGAACAAGACCCUGCAACAAGCCCCAUGGAUAACCACAUGUUGAAUUUACGACUGUUGGUUCGCCUGGCGCUACAUCUCAUAUACCAGCUACUUAACUUCAUCUGCAACCAGAAUGUAUCAUACGAAGAGAGACCAAUAUCCCGCCUUCCAAACCCCUUCCGAGACGAGGAGACGGGUGGUGCAGGAGACGGUGAGAGGGGAGACCUUCCUCCCCAGAUGGCCUUGGAUCUCGAACCUGGACUACAUAAUCUCACCACUCUACUUGAAACAGUGAGAAUGGCCAGUGAAGAACUACGAAAUGAUAGUGUGGGGGAUGGAACCGGGGAGUCUACUCCAACACAAGAAAGUGCAAGACCUAACACAAAUGUGCCACGACAUAUGUCGGAUUUUGUAAGAAGUUCAGGAAACAAUGGACCCGGGGAGUCUACUCCAACACAGGAAAGCACAAGACCUAACACAUUUGAACCAAGACGUCUGUCAAACUUUUUAAGACGUUCUGGAAACGAUGGACCCGGGGAGUCUACUCCAACACAGGAAAGCACAAGACCUAACACAAAUGUGCCAAGACAUAUGUCAGACUUUGUAAGAAGUCAAGGAAACAAUGGACCGAGGGAGUCUGCUCCAACACAGGAAAACAUAAGAGAAUACUCUGAAAUAUCGAGACAUCUAGCGAGCAUUGUAAGAAAUUGCGGAAGCGAUAGAACCGGCAGGGAGCUUCCAAUGCAGGAAAGCAGAAGGCAUAUCAGAUUUGAGCCAAGACGUCUGAGAGACUUUUUCAGAAGCCCAAGACAGGUUUAUGAAGCGUUGUCUCGAGUACAGGAAAGCACAAGACCUAACACAUUUGAACCAAGACGUAUGUCAGACUUUCUAAGACGUCCAGGAAACGAUGGACCUGGGGUGUCUACUCUAUCACAGGAAAGUACAAGACCUAUCACAAAUGUACCAAGACGUCUGUCAGACUUUCUAAGACGUUCAGGAAACUUAUCACAACAUCAAGAUACAAAUGGAGGGUUUGGACGGGCGGGGUGCUUGGGUUUCCGCAGCAGCUCUCCACGACCCCAGUUGGUGAUCCCUCGCAUUACCCUAAGUGACCCUAGUGGGAGUGAGAGUCAGGUGGAAGAAGAAAGUUCACUUUCUGGACCCACACCUGGACCUUCCCAUAAUGACCAAGCAGAUUUCAGUACAAGAUCAGUGUCAGGGGUGCCCCUACGACUCCUAGGUCGACAGUACGCCGUUGAUCGACGUAGCCCAGACUCUGAAGAUUCCCCUGGUCCCCUUGAUGGAGUUCAGGAUGGACCAAGUCAUCCCCCAGAACCACCAUUUCCCUGGAGGGGACACUUAGCUCCAUAUGAUAUAGGACUUCCCAGGGGGCCUGGUUCAGAGAUGCUCUUCCGUCCUAAUCUUCAGCGUGCACCACCUGAUCGAGCAGCAGAGAGGGAAGCCGACAACUUCUUCAGUAGACCGCACUUUACACCUCACUUUGGAGCAUCAAGAACAAUAUCAGGUUCUGGAGUUACGCACCGGAUCCAGGCCUGGGACUUCACACACUAUCGCAUUCCUGAUAUAUCUGACGGUAAUGCGAAUGUGGUGGUGGGAAAGUGUAAAAUUCAUAAUGAUGCAAGUGUAGAUAUUUCCUCUGAUGGCACUAUGCUGGCAGCCCUAGUCCCUCAGAGCCAAGCUAUGACCUUGGUUGGAGUGUACAGUUUAGAAAAUUGUUCGUUUGGACAGCUUCUGUACAGCUUUAUCUUUGCGCCUAACACUAUCUGUGUCAGUCUCUCCCCAAUGGCACGACACUUGGUGGUUGGGUUUGCCUCACAGAUGCCUCGGCUUGUUGCACACCAAAAUCCAAAACAGGUUGUGGCUCAGAUCUACAAAUUGUGUGAUAACCCGAUGUUUCAUGGACGAGGACAAGCAGGGCAUUUACAGUAUCUCCGAGACGUUGAGGUCGUGAGCGAUCAUCGUCACACAUCACUCAACUGCAUUCGCUGGCUUCCUUAUCCUGGUCAAGGACUUAUUUAUGGUACUAACAAGGGGCAGCUAAAUAUCUUGCGCUGACUGUCAUAAGUCUAUAGUGGAGACCACUUGCAAGGGAGGACAUGAAACAAAUAGACCCUAAAAUUUUAAGUACUUUACAAUAAAUCUUCUAUGAUAAUACAAGAUAUUUAAAGAGCACAAUUGAGUAUUAUGAAGAAAUUCAUUCAGUGCCAUAUGUGACUGGGGACCAUUUCUCAUGUAGGGAGUACAGGAAUGUGUACUGUGCAAGAGACAUAACUGACUGUUGUAGUGUUUCUUGUGUACUGAAAACAGGACUGGGUUGGCUGUUGUAGGUGCAGCACAAGUGAGUUAAAUGCAGAACAUUCCUGUUGUGGCCACUGUUUUUAAACUGGGAUUUACAGGCUACUUUUAUCAAAAGCUUAUAUGUUGGGUUGAAUGAACUGGUAUUAUUUCAAAAAAGGUUUCAUUGAAAUUUUAAAUUUCUAUGCUUGUAAAUUACAUAACAAAAAGAAUGGUUGUUUACAGGCGGUAGGUUUUUUUUUCUCUGUAUAUGUUUUGUUUGAAUUAAACACGCAGAAUGACAAUUGUUCAUGAGACAAGCAUGUACAGGUUGACAACCCUUUAUCCGAAAUUCCAAAAACCAUAGAUCACUGACCCACAUCGGGGCCUGGGGGGCGAAAAUGUAAUAGUAAUACUAAUUAUAAUAAUAAUAUAAUUAUA